AUGAAGUUUGUUGCUGCUACUUCGGCUCUUCUGCUGGUUUCCGGUGUCGUGGGCUUUGCUCCCAUGCCAACCGUCCGGCACAACACUCAACUCGCAAGCUGGAAUCAAGGCGAAGGUGGCAUGGACAUGUCUGGAAACGCAUGGAAGCCAGACUCUGAAAAGAUGGGGUCCACUGACACUGGAGAUUACUUCCCAGAAGGGUACGAAUCCGAUGUGAGCUACCAAGACGGUAUGAUGGGCUCUCAGGCAGGUGGGGGAGGAGGCCGUGAUGGUCCUGCUCUUCCCGGAAUGGAAAACCUUGGAGAAGAUGCCGUCAUGAUGGGUGGGAUUGAACAAGCUUCGGACAUUCCCGCUGGCAUGGAAUUCGUCCCAUCAUCGGUGCCAGACGGAGAAUACACAAUGCAAGUCGCAGGAAGCUCUUCCGGUGGCUCUUUGGAUAUUGAGGUGAAACCAGUUUGCAUGACAUUUGAAGACUUUUUCGCUGCCUUCUCGGCCGAUUCUCAUCCAUCGCUAUCGGUGUCACCUUCCACUGGCCGCAUGGACCGACGAGGAGGAGAAACAUCCCCAUUGACAAUCACCUGCGACCCCAAGGGUCAAGCUGGAACCUUUACCGGAGACUUGGUCAUCAAUCUGCCAGAAGAUAAUUCCAAGAUUUGCUACAAGGUGACAGCCAACGUCUUCUAA